GGCCAGGUAGUUAAUAUUUUAGACUUUGCAGGCUACAUGGUCUCUGUGGCAAUUACUCAAACUUGUUUUGCUUUAGUGCAGAAGCAGUUUUAGACAACAUAAACAAGUGCUGUUGCGUUCAAAUAAAACGUAACAAAAAACAGACGGCAGCCCCACAGUCUGUUUUUUGCCCAUCCCCUAUCUACUACCAACCUCCCCUUCUUUAUUUUUCCUUUUGCAGUUUGGAAAAACAAACAAACAAACAACAAAACGUUGCAGUUGUCCUACAGAAUAUUCUGCCUCCUGGGUUUGUCUCGCUUUUUCUCAUGGAGUCAUUUAAUUUGUUCCUCUAGCCUCUGUGUUUUCAGUAAACCAGAAGUUGGAGCUAGGCGCUUGAUUAGAUCCCCAGGUUAGACAUUUUGGGCAGAUGCUGUGCCCUUGUUAGUGGUACUGUGACUUGGUGCUGCCUCACAUCAGGAGACAUCAGUGUGUCAGGUUCUACUGUGAGUGAGGGGUGAGGGACCCAGUGUGUGACUGGCUGAUGUCACAUUCUCCCGUUGCAAUCUGUGUCAUUCCCCUUAAGAACCUAGGUCAUCUGUCCGUGGACUUUGGGCAUCUGUGAGCAUCCACUUCUGUCAUCCUUUUUGCUCUGGGUGUAGCAUCCACUGACUCAUUGCCUCCAGCAUUUGCUUCUUUGGGAGUUGCAGAAUUACUUGGCAUUUGGUCAUUCUUUUGUUAUUUAAUAGCGAGAAUUCUUCUGUAAAGAAGAGCUUUUCUUCUAACCACCAGGGCAUUUUCAUUUCAGGAAGGCCGGGAGACAGGCUGAAUUAUUUCUCAUUAUUGCCAAUUUUCAGAGUAAAAAGUUAGGGCAUUGCUACUGUCAGUGGUGACAAAUGAGGGUUUGGGUUUGUUUGUCUUACUUUCUUUUUUUCUCAUCUCUGAAUGCUCCAAUUUUAUGUAUUCCAUCUGUUUCCAUCAGUUGCUGUCAUUACUCUUUUUGAUGCUGAGAUGGUUGCAACUCAGCUCAUUGGGGGUCAAACUGCUCACACAGGCUUCCUGGGGGCGCUUUCCACUGCCCCUGCCCUGAGGCUGCCUGCCCUUGGCGAACUGAGCUAGGGGACAACCCCUCCACAGAUUCCUGUUCUGCAUAGAGCCCUGACCAAUCUAUCAGAGGGACGGAAAGCUCCAAGGACAUGUUAUCUUACGUGGGCCCUUUACUCUUGCUCCCCUCCAAGCAUACUGUUUAACCUGGACCCAGCUGUACUAGGCUCCUGCUGGUGUCCUUGGAGCAUGGGAGACUGCUGAGUUUGAGACGCGGGGUCCAGCUGUGUGUCUCACCCCAAGGCCGGGAGGGUGUCCAUGGCUGCAGCCAACAAGGGUCCUGGGGCACACGCAAGCCCUAGCAAGGAACCUGGGGACCUCUGCUGGCUCCUUGGUGUGCUGAUCCGUGGAGGCAAGUCCCAUAGAAUCCGUUCCUGUCCGUGCCCCCAACCCCUACCAGGUUGGGGUCAUCAGGAGGGACAGGCAGGAGCCUCAGGCAACAAGCCCAGAGUCCGGAGUAUCCGCUUUGCAGCAGGCCACGAUGCAGAAGGUUCCCAGAGCCAUGUCCACUUUGAUGAGAAGCUGCAUGACUCGGUGGUCAUGGUCACCCAGGAGAGUGACAGCAGCUUUCUGGUCAAGGUUGGCUUUCUGAAGAUCCUGCACAGGUAUGAGAUUACCUUCACUCUGCCCUCGGUGCACAGGCUAAGCAAGGACGUCCAAGAGGCACCUGUUCCCAGCCUGCACCUCAAGCUCCUCAGUGUCAUGCCUGUUCCAGAAGGUGCGUCCUCUGCUCAGGGUCCUGGAGGCCUGCCCUCCUCCAGCAGGGCCUGGGUGUGCGUGGGAACAAGAGCAUGGGGUGCUACCUUCCCAUCAUUUAGGGUGGACGGGCAGCUAAGCAGCUGGGGACAUGGUGCCUCUAUCUGGGCUUGCAGUGUGACAACUUGGCAGGUUCCAUGCCACAGACAUCACUCCCUGGACAGAAGUCCAUUGGCUCACACUGUUGGCCUAUGUGUGCCCAUCGCCUGAUAGUUUCCUCUGUGGGAUGACAUGAGCCACAGAGGAACUGGGUCUGGACCUCCAGCCCUCCCUCCCUCC